AUGACAACCACAAAUCACAGUAAUGAUUUUUUGUAUAAGACUACCAUUAAUGAUAUGUUGAAUACAGAAAAUGACUAUUGGAGAGCUAAAAGAGAGAGACAUAUUAUAAGUGUCCCACAUGACCAAACCCUAGCAGAGACUGUCAAAAUACUAUCGAAAAACAAGAUUCUUUCCAUCCCAGUAAUGGAUGAACAAAAUGAUUUCUUGGGUUUUGUAGAUAUGAUUGAUAUUGUCUAUUUUAUUUUAGGUCAUUAUUUAGAGGAUAAAGAAAUUCAUGGUAGAGGAGCAAGUAUAAAUUGGAAUGCAUUAUGUUUUGAUAUUGAUACAGUUAUCCAAAGAGGAAGAGGAAUUGGUAUGGUACCAAUUAAAUCUUUAAUUAAUCAAUCUAAAAUGGAUUUAUUCAUUCCAGUUGAUGGUACUGGAUCUCUUCACCAAUUAUUAAAAGAAGUAUUUAAAAAGAAUAUUCAUAGAGUGAUUGUAGUGAAUGAAGAUGCUUCGCCAAGUGGCUUGAUUAGUCAGACUGAUAUGCUCAAGUUCCUUACCACCCACAAUUCAUUCCUUGGAGACAUGUUGAGUAAAUCACUUUGUGAUUUGAAUCUCAUCAACAAGAAGGUUGUCACUAUGCCAAGUGAUAAGAUUUCAUUGUUUGGAUACUACCUCAUGCUUCAAAACGAAACCUAUGGAGUUGCCGUCGUCGACCAAGACAAAGAGAUCAUUGGAGAUAUUUCAAUUGCCGAUCUUAGAGGCAUUGAACCACAACAACUAUCCAACCUUUUACAACCAGCCGCCGAGUUUUGCAACAAGGAACCAAUUACAUGUACCAGUGAUUCAUCAUUAAUAGGAUUAAUGCAAAAAAUGGUUGAUCAUAAAGCACAUCGUGUUUGGGUGGUCGAAUCAAAUGCAUGUGAGAAACCAAUUGGUAUGGUUUCCAUUGCUGAUCUCAUGGAAUUCUUUUCACAUUUUAAAAUAGACCAUAAUAAUAACAAUAUUUAA